UUUACAGCACAUUUCUUCACUACUUCAUUUCAUUAAGGUCAGAUUUAAAUUUCUAGAGAUCAACGUCUGAAAAAUUCAUCUUUAUAUUACUACAACUUGUGAAAUUCCGACUGAUCUCUGCGACUAAACCACCAUCUUGACAGCAACCAUGAAAUGACUCUUGAACCUUAAUCGUGUGUCAGUUCAUACAAGAACAUGCUUGUGUAAACCUUGUGUUGUUGUAACGGGAAAAUAUACCAAGAACGCUUGGGGGUUCGAGAUUUAGAGCAAACAUAGCCAACAGAACAGAGAUCAAGGCAAAAGAGAAAAUCUCUCAGUAAUAAAGCAGUUGAGGAUUUAUCCAAUUGUAAUGGAGUUGCAGUUAUGGAGUUUCUUCUAUUUCACACUGCACAGCUGCUACCUGAUAACCAACGCUGACCAAAGUGUUUUCCAAUCUUCUCCGCAAGCCAAGGCCAUAUUUAUGCGACCUAAACGUGCCAAUAGUUUCUUUGUGGAGGAAAUUCUAAAGGGCAAUUUGGAAAGAGAGUGUUAUGAGGAAAGAUGCAACAAGGAGGAAGCCAGAGAGGUCUUUGAGGACGAUAAGAAAACAGAAGAAUUCUGGACCAAAUACAACGUUCAAGAUCAGUGUAAAAGCAAUCCUUGUCAACAUGGUGGUAUCUGUAAAGAGAAGAGAGGAGGAUACAUCUGCAAGUGCACCGACAUGUACACAGGCCAUAACUGUGAAAAUGAUGUUUCUGAAUGCCCUUCUGGAGGCCCUCUGGUUUGUGAACACUACUGCAGACCCUUACAUGAAUCAUACCGAUGCUUCUGCGCCAGAGGCUACAAACUUCACACCGAUGGCAGGAGCUGCACCCCUCAGGGUUUGCGACACAUAUUCUCUUCUGGGUUUCAGGUCACAACAAGCUGACAUCAUUUCUCAGGACACAUGUGGGUAUCUCAGGGUCUUAUCUGAGGACUCUACCAAAAAGAAUACGAAUCAAAAUGACCGCAUCUGCCCACAAGGAAAAUGUCCAUGGCAGGUGACAUUUGUGGAUGUUGGUGGUGAUGUAAUCUGCCAGGGUGUGAUCCUUGGAAAGAGGUCUAUACUUACAACAGCUACAUGCAUGACAACAGGCAAAGAGCUUUCCUUGGUCAUUGGCCACUCAGUUGAAAAAAUAAAUGCUUCUCAAGUGACCAAAAGGACUCUUCAUGACAGGUACUUGACUAGCAGACCUGACGAUGACUUGGCAUUUUUGGAGCUUAAGGAGCCAAUCACUUUGGGUUUGGUCGCCAUCCAUCUCUGCCUCCCGGAAAAGGAUUUCAGUGAAAACAUCUUGAUGAAAAGUGAUAAAGAGGGCGUGGUAAUGGGUGGAGAAAACAAACCUUUAUACCUUUCACUAGACGUCUGCAAUUCCAAACUCAAUCUGAGCUUUCCCUUGACCAAUAAGAUGUUCUGUAUGGAGGAGAGGAAGGCUGAAGGUUCUGUACAGGGACGAUUGAAACAAGAAAAGAAAGAGUGUGAUCUUCCGUCUGGGUCUCCGGUGGCUACAGUGGAAGGAAAUACAGCUUUCCUAACUGGAUUGUUCCUGUCCCAAAGUGACUGCAGUCAGGGACUCGUGUUCACCAAAGUUUCCAGAUAUCUGCCGUGGAUCCGCAGACUUCUAGUGAGCACCGAGGCAGUGCACACAUGACACAUUCUGGCAGAAGUUUAGUCUACAGGAUAUAAAUGUUUUAACAAGAUUACAGCAAUGAACCUACUUUCAGAAUAAAGCUGUGGAUUCAUUCUGUAUUAAGAUGCACAUUUUAAAGACUUCCUCUGAUCAUGCAUAGUAAAAUGGUAAAAUACACCGUAAUCAUGGAAAAUUGUACAAAACAGUUUAUUUUACACAGAGAAUAAAAAACAGCAAAAAUAACACAAAAUAUGAAAAAUCCUAGAGUCCUAGAGCGCCAGAGAAGGCUGGGUAUUUCACUUGUAUAUUUCAAUGCAGUUCCUGUUUAAUUAGGAAAUCACAGCACUUCUGUUUCAUCAAAAACAGGUUUCCUAUCAAGUUCAAAAUAAACUACUGAAAAUCACA